GUUUCUUCCAGUGAGAAUCGCCGUAUUUCGUGGAAGAAUCGUUGAGAUUCCGACGGAGGGGAUAAGACCUCCGGGAAACGUCUAUCCUCUUGGGUUUGUAAAACAAGGUUAUCAAGUGAUUAAGUGAGGUGAAGAAACAAAGAAAGAGUAAAUCUUCUAGAAAGGAUUCUAUAUUUAGCCAGGAGCUUGAUGAGAUGAAGAGGAGAUUGAAGGAGAUGCAGGAAGAACCUGCUGCACUGCGGGAGAUGAAAGCAAAAGUCGAAAAAUAAAUGGGAGAUGUUCAAGGCGGAAGAGAUGCGUGCAUACAAGGAGAACACCAGCAAAUUGAUCUUUCACGUUGGUUUUCAGGAACCUAUGGCUCCGGAGAAAUUUCUUUACCAGGUGGUAAAGCAGAAGAGAAUGAUAAGGAUGAUGGGAUUACUGCAACUAGAGAGGCAGAGGAAGAGAUUGGUUUAGACCCUUCGCUUGUUGAUGUUGUUGCUUUCCUCGAACCAUUCCUGUCUCAGCAUCUGCUUAGAGUAAUUCCUGUAAUAGGAAUAUUGUGGGACAGAAAAGCAUUCAAUCCAACGCCAAGUCCUGCAGAGGUGGAAGCCGUGUUUGAUGCACCCUUUGAAAUGUUUCUGAAGGAUGAGAACCGGAGAUCCGAGGAGAUUGAUUGGAUGGGGGAAAAGCAUUUGGUAGUACCUGUUGUUGAUGGAGUGCAGGUGUAUUCAAUGGUUGAAGCACACAAGCUAGACUUAUCCGUUGCACCUGUCUCAUCUAGUAGAACAGCCAUAUCGAGGAAACGUAGAAUCUCAUGAUCUCGUUCUUCUCGCACUUUUCUAUAUGUCCAAGAGUUGAGAGAUUACGUAAGAAAACUAAAUCCAAGGGCUUACUCGAUCCAAGGUAUAUGUGUGGUGUAAAUGCAGUUAAUACAGCUAUUGACCAGCU